AGUGUAGUGUACUACUGUCCAAAUCAGUUUAGAAUCCGUUUCGUUUUGACAUGUGACACAUUCACUGGAGGAAUUCUUUCUUCUUGAAGCAUUUACAGGAUUUCAAAAUGAAAAAAUGUAUGAGCCGAACCACCAAAAAUGUCCUUGUGGUUUCUUUUGGAUUUUUGCUGUUAUUCACAGCAUAUGGAGGGCUGCAGAGUUUACAGAGCAGUCUCAAUGCUGAGGAUGGAAUGGGCGUUAUAUCGCUCAGCGUCAUCUAUGGAGCCAUCAUUUUGUCCUCAAUGUUUCUGCCCCCAAUAAUGAUCAAAAAUCUGGGCUGUAAAUGGACCAUCGUCAUUUCAAUGGGUUGCUAUGUGGCAUAUUCCUUUGGAAACCUUGCGCCAGGCUGGGCGAGUCUGAUGACCACCUCUGCCAUUCUGGGUAUGGGAGGUUCUCCGCUGUGGUCUGCAAAAUGCACCUAUCUCACAAUAAGUGGAAACUUGCGUGGCCAGAAACUCAACAAGAAAGGCCAGGAUCUUAUAAACCAAUAUUUUGGCAUUUUUUUUUUCAUUUUUCAAUCUUCUGCUGUAUGGGGAAACCUCAUGUCAUCUCUCAUAUUUGGUCAGGACUCUAACAUAGUCAAAGUCCCUGAGGAGAACCUGCAGUUCUGUGGUGUGGCAACAUGCCUUGACAAUUUCACCAUCAUUGGAAACUCAACACGUCCAGCAAGACACUUAGUGAACACACUACUAGGCUGCUACAUUAGUGUGGGGGUUCUGGCCAUGAUUUUUGUGGCAGCGUUCUUGGACAACAUAGACCAAGGUCUUGCCAAAGAAUUUCGAAAGAACAAGGGCAACGAAUCAUUUUGCAGCACCUUUCUGGCUACCUUCAAGCUCUUGAGAGAUCCCAGAUUGUUGCUGCUCAUCCCAUUGACCAUGUACAGUGGGUUCGAGCAAAGUUUCCUCUCUGGCGAAUACACAAAGAACUAUGUGACUUGUGCGUUAGGAAUACAUUAUGUUGGCUUUGUGAUGAUCUGUUUCGGUGCUACUAACUCUCUGUGCUCAUUUGCGUUUGGGAGACUGGCUCAAUACACUGGAAGAAUCGCCCUCUUUUGUCUGGCUGCACUGACAAACAUGGGCUGUUUUGUGGGGCUUUUGUACUGGGAGCCUCAUCCAAACCAGCUGCCUGUGUUCUUUGUGUUUCCGGCCCUCUGGGGCAUGGCAGACGCUGUGUGGCAAACACAAACCAAUGCACUUUAUGGAAUUCUCUUUGCUGAGCACAAAGAAGCAGCAUUUGCCAACUACCGCAUGUGGGAGUCACUUGGUUUUGUUAUAGCCUUUGCUUACAGCACAUUCAUCUGCCUGUCCACCAAGAUCUACAUUGCUUUGGCUGUUCUGGCCCUUACCAUGGUAACUUACCUUUACGUUGAGUACGAGGAGUACAAGCAUCCAACUCCACCAGUGAUAAUGGACGACUUGCACAAACCAGAAAAGGCCGACCUCAAAGAAUUGACCGAUAAAGUUAUUGCCCAGACACAUUUGUAAAUAGAUUUUGGUUGAUAUUUCUGCCUCAGAAUGUAAAAUUUUGAUUUUUUUUUUUUUGUCUAUCAGAGAUUAUUUUUUACAGUAGUUUUUACAAAGUGUUGAUAUUUUGAUAAAUCUUCUUUAUAACUGUACAAAGGCA